AUGGCGAAUUUCUUCUCCCAAGAGACCUUCCGUCAGGCAUACCCUGACCGGCCAUUGCCGAUGCUCAGUUAUGGCCUUCGAUUCCCCGAGGCUUGUGCUCGACAUGUUGAUCGUCUGGGAUGCACGAAAACCUACAUUCUCUCCUCAAAGUCAUUGGCUACCAAGACCGACGCUCUGAAGCGGCUUCAACAGAGCCUUGAGGGGAAACUCGUCGGAACUUUUGUUGGAAUCAGCUCUCACACCCCUCUUAUAGAGGUUCUGAAAGUUAUCGAGGAUGUGCGGAAUCUCGGAGGCGUUGAUUGCCUGAUUACCUUGGGCGGUGGUAGUGUCACGGACGCUGCGAAGGUGGUUCGAUUCGCCCUCGCCAACUCAGCAUAUACGGCCGAUGAAGUUGAUACACUCUGGGGAGGACAUUCGCAUAACCCACGGCAACGAGAUGUGCUUAAUCCCCCUACCAUCCCGCUGAUUCAUAUCCCGACCUCGCUAUCUGGCGGUGAGUAUCAGCAUAUCGCCGGUGUCACGGAUGAGAGGACACAUGCGAAGCGGACUUAUGAACCGCACGUUGAUCCAACUCUGGUAAUUCAAGAUCCAGAGCUUUGUCUGCAUACUCCGGCCUGGUUGUGGCUCAGUUCCGGUAUCCGAGCCGUCGACCACUGUGUGGAAACUCUCUGCUCGUUGCAGAGCAAUGAGAAGGGAGACUCAGAAGCCAAGAAAGGUCUGGUGAAGUUGGUGCCUGGGCUUUUGAAAUGCAAGCAUAACCCCACUGAUCUCGAUGCACGCCAUUUAUGUCAGCUUGGUGUCGUGGAAGCCAUGGCUGCUGUAUCCAGCGGCGUGCCUCUCGGGGCCAGUCAUGCCAUUGGCCACCAAUUGGGUCCUCUGGGUGUCGGUCAUGGCGAGACGAGCUGCAUCCUUCUCCCAGCAGUCUGCAAGUAUAAUGCAUCGAAGGGCGCCAACAACGAUCGACAGGAGAUCUGCAAGAAAGUGCUGUUGGAGGACGAAACCGUCCAGUCUACCCUGAAGGCUCGCAAUGUCUCCAAUCCGGACCUGGGUGAUAUCCUGGAUGCAGUCAUUCGCGAAUUGGAGAUGCCACGAUCUCUGAAGGACGUGAAUGUUGGAAGAGACAAGUUGGAUGUUUUGGCGACCAACAGUCUCCAUGAUCUUUGGAUCAAGACCAAUGCAGUUCCUAUCACGGAGAAGUCGCAGGUUAUGGAGAUUCUGGAGAUAGCGGUGGGAGACCAGUGA